CUACCAAUACUUAGCUCAUUAUGGUUACGCCCCAAUAACCUCUCUCUACGUCUCUGUUCUCGUAUAAGAGAGAUGAAGACACAGAGGUUGUGUUUGCUUGGGUGAGAAAGAGAGACUCAUUUCCAACAAUUUAUGACAUAGCAAGAAAAGAGGUUUUUUUUAUUGAAGUUAGUUAAUCAUAGAUUUGUAGUGUAGGAGAUUUCAACGGUUUGAGUAGUUGAAAGAGAGAGUCUGUGAGAAAGAAAUGAGAGGAAGUUUCAGUUGUUUCAGAGUCACAAAGAAAGAUUGAGAGGAAGAGAAAAGAGAGAUGGGGUCAGAGGACCAUCCAAAAGGCGUUGAUCCCCGACGUUGGCGUUCUCAGCUUAAGCUGUUCCUGCUCAUCGUCUCCACCAACAUUCUCACCCUCUACAUCUUUGGAGCCGGCCCUUUCGACAACAACAAGGACAACUGGUACUCCUCCCUUCAACUCCCUUCCAGUAUCGGGGGCCUCUUCGACACACAGAGCAGCCUCCUCAACGCCACCCAUGUGCGCCUCGAGGCCACAGAGUCUCAGCUUUCCGACCUCCGAACCCACCUCCACACCUCCAACACCCUCCUCGACACCCUCCUCUCCGAAAUCGCCCGACUUCGAGACUCCCUCCCCUCAUCUCAUGCUCAAGACAACAGCAACGACGACGAUGACGAUCCAUUGUUCGGGUGGGGCGAGCUCAUGCCAGAGAUGAAGGUGGUGGUGGCCCCUCAUAAGCUGCCAUUGGGCUACUCCCAUGCCUUUGGAACCGACGAGAUCGUUCCCCCAAUCGGCCACGCCUGCCGCCUUUUCAAGUCUGAGCUCCGCCAGUACAUGUCCUACAAGGUGGGCGGAGAGUGUCCCUCGGACGACGCCCUGGCGCAGCAGCUGAUGCUGAAGGGGUGCGAGCCGCUGCCCCGCCGGCGGUGCCACCCGAAGAGCCCCAGCAACUAUGUGGAGCCCCACGCCUUCCCGCAGUCCAUGUGGACCACCCCUCCCGACACCAGCAUCGUGUGGGACCCAUACAGAUGCAAGAGCUAUGGCUGCCUCAUCGACCGCAAGAACGACCCCACCGUCCACCCCGACUGCAAGGACUGCUUCGACCUCGCAGGGCGUGAGAAGUCCAGGUGGCUCGGCUCCAACAGAGGCUGGAGGGGUCUCGACUACAGCAUUGACGAUGUCCUCACACUCAAACAUGGGACCAUACGCAUCGGCCUUGACAUCGGUGGUGGGUCCGGGACAUUUGGGGCGCGCAUGAGAGAGCGGAAUGUGACUGUCGUGACGACGAGCAUGAACUUCGACGGGCCAUUCAACAGUUUCAUCGCCUCCAGGGGCCUGGUGCCCCUCCACCUGACGGUGGCGCACAGGCUUCCCUUCUUCCAAGGGACGCUCGACAUUGUGCACUCGAUGCACGUGCUGAGCAACUGGGUGCCGGAGGUGAUGCUGGAGCAGGUGCUGUACGAUGUAUACAGGGUGCUGAGGCCGGGGGGCCUGUUCUGGGUGGACCACUUCUUCUGCUUGGGGCCACAACUCAACAGGACAUACGUCCCCAUGUUCGUCCGGAUUGGGUUCCGGCAACUUCGGUGGACGGUCGGCCGCAAGGCCGACAAGGGGCCCCACGAGGUUUACCUUUCAGCCAUCCUCGAGAAGCCCAUGUUCUAAGAGGAGCACCUUCUUUUAAUUACUUUUAACUGCUCUUUAUUCGAUUCGUUUGAAACUAAUAAGAAUCAAAAGAAGAGUUGUAGUAGGCCUUCAGAUUUUAGACAAGUUUUGGGCUUUUUGCGUCAGUGUACCAAAAAUCAGCAGAAAGAGUUCGAUUCCU